AUGGCCUCCAAAUGCAUAGAUGAUUAUGUAACUAUCACAAGCGACACCAUUGGUGUCCGGCCACUUAUGACUUACGGCAAUGUUUACAAGUGGCCAAUGGCGGAGGCGGAGUUCCUACGGUCAAUCACCCACGGCGGUAGCAAGCGUCGCUCCACGGUGGCUGACAGCAUAUCUUGUAGACAAAUGUACCUUAGAAGCUACACUUUUACCACAAAAGAGACCGAAGAGGCCGGUGGUGAAGGUGGUGGCGAAGCCGUCGACCGGAGAAACAAUCGGAGUUGUUUAGGAGGAGGGAGAAAGAAGGCGGCGAAGAAAGCUAUGAAGAAGAACCAAAGGUCGUCGUGUAGGGGGUUUGUUUUCAGACUAGUAUGGAAAUGUUUGUCUUGUGCGUCCACUACUAAGGUUGCCAAUAUCGACGAUUGAUGCAAAACUAUCCAUUAGAGAUGAGAAUAACAUUGUCAAUUAAUCCGGUCUGGUUAUAUUUUACUACCCGCUUAAACCA